ACUGCUGCAGUUUACGGCAAAUAUGGCGACAUGAUCGGGCUGAUUUUGUUGCUGACCAGACCACAACAAUUAAUUCAGCAAACUAACAAUAUAUUCGUUUAAACAGCUUACACAUUUCCGUUUUAAGGAACCUGUUGUUUUCGUCCAGUCCCAGUCAUCUUUAAUGGCAGGCGUCAUGGAAUCAGAGGAGCAGGCAAGGAACCGCUUCCAAUCAGAGCUGGAGUUCAUCCAAUGCUUGGCCAAUCCGAAUUAUCUGAACUUUCUGGCUCAGAGGGGUUACCUGCGAGAAAAACCCUUUGUGAACUACCUGAAGUACCUACUGUACUGGAAGGAGCCUGAAUAUGCCAAAUUCCUGAAAUACCCCCACUGCCUGCACAUGCUGGAGCUGCUUCAGUACGAGCACUUCAGGAAGGAGCUGGUGAAUGCACAAUGUGCCAAGUUCAUCGAUGAGCAGCAAUUACUGCACUGGCAGCACUAUUCCCGGAAACGCACCCGUCUGCAGCAGGCUCUGGCAGAGCAACAACAGCAGCAACAGCUGCCUCAUGGCAAUGCUACUGCUAAAUGAGAGAGAGAGAGAGAGAGAGAGAGAGAAUCUGUGCAUAAAAAAAAAACAGAGGAUGAUUGAACUUGAAUGGACAUGGACUCAAAUGUCUAUUCAGCCUCCUGGAAAUGUGUGUGUGAUAUGGAUCAUGGCGAUGUCUCUCUUUUGCUCUUAUUUAUGUUUCUGACUUUGUAUAAUAAAAAUAACUUUUGGUUAAAAUGCUG